GCAGCUUCUAGUCCGUUGCAUUUACACAUCAAGGAAGAGAGCCUUCACGAAUCUUUUUUUUUCUCUUUCUUUUAUCGUUGCUCGGCAAAUAUUUUCAGACGAUCGAUUAUCCUUCGAAUCACUCACACAUCGUGAGUCCUCGCGCAGCGCGCUUUAGGAUCGAAACACGUUCCUUCGUGCAGCUUACGAGUAACGACAUCCGUUGACCCUGCGCCGGCAACAUAAUUUUGGACACGUUUCGACGCUACGUCGCACGCAGACACACACAUACACGAUCUUUUUACUUUAUUAUUAAUCACGAAGAGACUCGACAUCGAGGCAUUUCACUGACGUUAAACGAGACUGAAAGUAUCGCGGUUCGAAAUCGUUUAUAAUUUAUUCGAAAGAACACCACACCGACGACACGAAUCGUCCAUGCGGAUCAAGCGGAAUCACUAUAUAUUGAAGGUGGAUUCCGGGAACCCUAGUUGAAUAAGACGAAGCAAUAAUUAUUGCGUUGAGAGUAAUAUGGUAAACACCAACGAACCAAUAUGUUUUUUAUCCAAACGACAAUACAUUGUAAGGUAUUAAGAGAUACACAGCAACCGUGACGGUAGCAAAACGCUGAAAGGGUUUUUCUACAUCGAUGCACCUGACUGUUCCUUAUCUUAUAAGAGGGUCUAUCUAACUAUCGUCGAGUGACUACGAUGACUACAGCCGAGCAGUGAUCCUGGACGAGAAAGUGAAUACUCUAAUAAGGCUGUCACCGAUCUAUCUCAGCCAAUCCCACUGAGAGAUGUUGCAUGCUUCGAAAUCAUCGUCGGAUGGACACAAAUGAGCGAGAGAACACGUUCACCGUCACACGCUAGCCACACCGUUAACGUCUGAACAGUGUCUACCCAGAAGAGAAACGUGUUCGGCAUAGAAGUGUGUUUUCAUUUAUCAGCGAUGAUAAUCGUGAUCGUAAAAGUACAUGUUGUUGUGUAGUAUGAAUGUUCCAGUUAGGGGGCGGAGUCGACGAUCACAGCGUCGCUCGAUCGAAAUGCCCCUGUCACGAACGAACGAAUUCGUUCCCGCGAGCGUGAUCGCGGCGCAGACGUACAUCUCGUCCGGCGAGAACAAUCAUCUGCCGCCCCUGAAGGCCAGCACGUUGUCCCUGAAGCAGCCGGCCGGUGAGUCGUCGCCUAGUCACUUGGCCCAUUCCGUAGGUCACAUGGUCGGUGGCACUCACCUGCCGAGCCUGAGCUCAAGUGCGAACAACAGUCUGCUCAGUCUGACCGGGAACUCGGACAGUUUGAAUCUAAGCCUGAGCUCCCACGCGAGCCAUAACUCGAGCCACAACUCCAGUCACAAUUCCAGCCAUAAUUCCACUCACAAUUCGCAUCCACAGCCGAACGGUCAGUCUAGCGCCGCGCAGGUGAAGAACGGCCGUCCCGAUGCCAGCUCGAUCGACGGUCUCUCCUGCAAGCCGAAAACAAUCACCGUCACCCCGGACCUAGUGAUGAAGGUAUACAAGGACAAGCUGACGGAGUACGAGCACCAGGAGAUCUAUAAAUAUCCCGAAAUCUACUUUAUCGGGGCGAACGCGAAGAAGAGACAGGGAAUCAUCGGUUGGUCGAACAAUUGCGACUACGACAACGAUCAGGGUUCCUACAUCCACGUGGCGCACGAUCACGUGGCCUAUAGGUACGAGGUGCUCCGGGGCAUCGGCCGUGGUUCGUUCGGUCAAGUGGUCAAGGCGUACGACCACAAGAUGCACGAGCAUGUCGCGUUGAAGAUGGUCCGAAACGAGAAGAGGUUCCAUCGUCAGGCCCAGGAGGAGAUCAGGAUAUUGAGGAAGCUCAGGGAACAGGACAAAGACGACACGAUGAACGUUAUUCAUAUGUUCGACUCGUUCACGUUCCGUUCCCACAUGUGCAUCACCUUCGAGCUGCUCAGCAUCAACCUGUACGAGCUGAUUAAGAAGAACAAGUUCCAGGGCUUCAGUAUGCAGCUCGUGAGGAGGUUCGCGCACUCGUUGCUGCAGUGCCUCGACGCUCUCUACAAAAAUAAAAUCAUCCACUGCGAUAUGAAGCCGGAGAAUGUUCUUUUGAAGCAGCAGGGACGCAGCGGCAUCAAGGUGAUAGACUUCGGCUCGAGCUGCUACGAGAACCAGCGCGUCUACACCUACAUACAGAGCCGCUUCUAUCGAGCGCCGGAAGUGAUACUGGGCGCGAAAUACGGUAUGCCGAUCGACAUGUGGAGCUUGGGCUGCAUCAUCGCGGAGCUGGUUACCGGUUUCCCGUUGUUGCCUGGCGAGGACGAGGCUGAUCAGCUCGCCUGUAUGAUCGAGCUGCUGCACGUGCCGCCGCCCCGUUUGCUAGAAUCGGCGAAACGAUCGCGACAGUUCAUCAGCUCGAAGGGCUAUCCACGGUAUUGCACCGCCACAACUAUGUCCGACGGCACGAUCGUGCUGAGCGGUGGUUACUCGCGAAAAGGUAAACGUCGUGGCCCACCUGGAUCCAGGGAUCUUCGACGGAUAUUGAAGAACUGCGACGAUCCGUAUUUCUUGGACUUCAUAAAUCGUUGCCUGGAAUGGGACCCGGAACAACGUAUGACGCCCAGCAAGGCCUUAAAGCACGGCUGGCUGCGUCGACGAUUACCGAAACCGCCUGAAAAAGCAGCCAGCAACGACAACGGUCUGCCAGCAGUCCCAGCAGCCGCUGCACCACCUUCGUCCACUACCGGUCUCCGUAUCACCGCGUCUGGUAGUCGUAGCUCCAGCAAAACGAACAACUUGCAGAGCAAUAACAUCGAGAACACGACCAGGAUGAAACAGCUGAACGACAUGUUUCAGACGGUGAACACCAUUUACUCGGCACUACAACGUAAGUACGGAGGUCAGCCAGGUCCGACGACAGCGGCGGCAGUCUCUACGAAUCAUCAGGCGACAGGGGUCACCGUAUAUCCGCCGCUGAACUCCGUAGCUAGUGGUAGUGUCGGUGGUACUGGUGGUGGUGGUUCUGGUGGUGGUGGUGGUGGAAGCAGUAGUACUAGUGGUGAGCAACAACAGCACGGCCAUCAAUUGCAGGGACAACAACAGCACAGUAACGGUUCACGGAGCUCCCACGGAUCCCACGGAUCCUCGCACGAUAGCCACAGCUCGAGGAUAGUACUGUGAUCGACGCGAUACCUUGCUAAACGGCUGCUGAACGAACUGACCGGUUGUUCGAUGUGCACCGAGCCUUCCGUCUCGCAGGCUGGACGGCGACGUUCGUUAAGCUCCCCGUCCCGCUUCUACAGGUUCCCG